AAAUCAAUUCCUCGCCCGGCUACAACGUACCACGCCUGCUUUAAUAAAUCCCCACCGCUACGUGGGCCCCACUAUCUGCCACGAUGGCAAUCUCACCUGUGGUCCCCACACUACUUUGUCCUCAUCCUCUUCUCAACCUGCUCCACACGUGUUCUCCUGGACCCCAUGGUUGUCACAUUGUUUCAAACUUUCAAGAGAGGGAAAAAACACGAGCUCUGCUUACGUGGAUAUGUACACGUGGCAGAUACCUGAAUGUCAGUUAUUAAAUCUUUCAACACAACCAGGUUUCAUAAUUUCAGAAAUGCCUCCAAAAACUUGCUAGAAUUACGGUACGUGUUGAAUUGGAUUAUUGGAGUCAAGUAGGAGGUUUAUUUGGUAAACGAAUCCUAAGAUAGACAAAAGCACCCAAACCAACAAACAAAUCUGCUUUUAUAUUUACCAAAAAAAAAAUCUGCUUUUAUAUACCUUACUUUUCUCUCUAUGUAAAUCUAUCUAAAAUUAAAAAAAUUUAUAUAUAUUUUUUAAUUUCUGACUCUAACUCUAAACCCAACCAAACCCUAAAUAAAUCCCACCAUACACCCUUGCAACCUCUAUUGCAUGCCCCUUUUGUUCUCUUUCUCUCUAAUUUCGUCCUUCUUCAAAACCAAAGCAAAUAGUUUUUUUUUUUCUUUAAUCUAAUGUCAGUUGAAGCUAGGCAUCUCAAUCUUUUCCACCCUCAAUUCUCAGGAAAAAGGGAAAUGAUGAAUCCCAUUGAAGCAAACGUGAAUAUGUUUCAAACCCAGAUGGGAUAUUGGGUACCAUUAUCAGGAGCAACGACGGCGGCCACCGAUGGAUUGCUUCCUUUAUACAACCCUUUGGCUGCUGAUUCAAUGUAUCAAAAGGCUGCAGCGGCAAUCAAUUACAACAAUCUUCCCCUACCGAGGAAGCGUUCAAGAGAUUCCAUUAAUCCAAUCCUUUCUUUCCCAUCUCCACAACAACCCCAUAACCAGAACAACAAAACUUGCUCCUCUUUCUCUUUCCUUGGCCAUGAUAUUUCCCUUCAUAUGGAGCAGCACCAGUUAGAUAUUGAUCACCUCCUCUCCCAACACAUGGAGAAAGUGAGGAUGGAAAUGGAGGAAAAAAGGAAAAAGCAAGCAAGGAAGAUAAUGGAGUCCAUUGAAGAAGGGGUAAUCAAGAAACUAAGAGCCAAAGAAGAAGAAAUUGAGAAGAUUGGGAAAUCAAAUUGGGCACUUGAAGAAAGGGUGAAAUCACUUUGCAUAGAGAAUCAAAUUUGGAGAGAUUUGGCUCAAACUAAUGAGGCCACGGCCUGCGCCCUGCGAAACAACAUAGAACAAGUCCUCGCGAUGCAGGUUAAGGACGAGGGUACCCGUGGCGUAGGAUUAGAGGAGGCAGCGGCAGAUGAGGUUGAUGAUGCGCAAUCUUGUUGUGGCAGCAGUUGGGAAGUGGAGAGGCGCACGUUAGCAGGGGAAGGAGGGGAGAACAAAUUGAAGGACAAUUAUUGUAAAGAAGAAGGCGGCAGCAGCAGCAGCAGGCUGUGCAGGAAUUGUGGGAUUGGGGAAUCGUGUGUGUUGCUGUUACCAUGCAGGCAUUUGUGCUUGUGUACUGUUUGUGGGUCUAGCCUUCGCAUUUGCCCCAUUUGCAAAUCCACCAAGAAUGCUACUGUUCAUGUUAACAUGUCAUAAUAACAAAAGAAAAAAAAUACACAACCCCCCAACAAAAAAAAAAAAAAUGUUGGAACCCAAAAUUUUGUAAUUACUUAGGUUAAUUCUUUUUUUUUUUUUUUCUAAUUUUCUACUUUGGAUUUUAGUCCUUAAGUAUGUGCUUUUUUUCCAUUAGUUCAUUUAAGUCCAUAAAUCCUUAGAGAAGAAAGGGGGAAUUGCAACCAAUUUGCAUUUUUUCUUAAAUUAAUGAAGAUG